AUUUUGCAGCUUUGGUUCCUUGAUGCCCUUGUGAAAUCCGUUGAUCCGAAUUUUGACAAAUUCCAACUGCAAAGCUAGCAUGGUAAUGGAAGCACAGCCAAGCCCCCGAUCUGUGGGAUGCGAGUUUGUGCGUCAGUACUACACGCUACUCAAUCAGUCGCCAGAACAUCUGCAUCGAUUCUACAGCAACAACUCGUUCUACGUGCAUGACGGGGCUGACGACCGGGACCCUGACCUGAGUCCGGCGAUCGGUCAGAAGCAGAUUCAUCAGCGCAUCGAGCAGCUCAACUUCAAGGACUGUCACGCCAAGAUCAACCAGGUCGACUCGCAGGCCACCCUCGGCAAUGGCGUUGUUGUUCAGGUUUCUGGCGAGUUGUCUAACGGAGGUCAACCGAUGAGACGUUUCACGCAGACGUUUGUGCUGGCCUCUCAGAGUCCAACCAAGUAUUACGUACACAACGACAUCUUCAGGUAUCAGGAUGUUUUCUUCGAUGAGGAGGUGAACAAGGCUCAGGACGAUCGGAGACCGAGGAGGAUCAAAUUGAGCAGGAGCAUAACCAAGUGGCUGACAUGCAAUCUCAGCAACAACAGAACCAGCUGACCAACAGCUACUACGGCGGAGGCGGCAAUGUGCCGACUGCCACUGUGAAUGGAGGCGGCGCUCACCACGACGAGGUGCCACCCCCGGUCACACCUGCCGCCCCCGCGCCUCAUGGACUGCCGCCCCCAACACUCAUUCAGCCAAUGCCGCAGCCGGCCUAUAUGCCGCAGCCUGUCGACUAUAUGCAACAGCAACCAGCCCAGCAACCGCCUUCAAUGGAGCUGCAGCAGCCUUCAGCAGCCGGCCAACAGCAGAUGGGACUGCAGCAGCAGCAGCCGACGUCUGCAGUCAGCGAGCUGCAGCAGCCACAUCCGGAUGCGACGUGGAUGGGGGAUGCGACGUGGAGGACGAAGACCCGGUCGCUGAGGAGGACGACUCGGUCGCCGCUGUGUCGCAGGUGCAGGACGCCAGUCUGCAUAACAACAACUACCCAUCGCUCGAACAGGAGCACUCACUCGACACAUCACCUCAGUCUAACGAGCCGAAGACAUACGCCACCCUUGUGAAGUCUGGCACGUCAGGAUUGAACACCAGUCCCCAGGCACCACCCAAGCCAUCAUCACCGCCACCCAGCAUCCGCAUGGAGAGUCGUAACGUGAGCGAGUCGAUGUCGGGAGGCGGCCGGGGCCGAUGGGGGUGGCGGUGCACCCCGUGGCAGGGGCGGCUCGGCCAUCAGGGGCAUUGGAGGCGGCAGAGGUCCGG